CUGGAGCAGCGGCUGCAGCAGCAGCAGCAGCAGCAGCAGAAACCGGUAGCAGAAUCUUUUCGUGUUUGUGACUAGGGGAAAGGGUUAAGAUAUCCUCCGAGACCUAAGCAACGAACGCUAAGGAAGAAGGGAGGAAUGAGGCUGGAUACAGUGCAGUAAAACUGAACACUUUAAGGACAGGAAGAGGCACUCCAACUGAGCCCUGCUCUGUGCAAUCAUAAUGAGAACUUACCAUUACUUCUUGCUGCUUUUUUGGCUUGGUCAGCCCUACCAAAGUUUCUCAAGCCCCUUCUCUAAGAGGACUAGUGGCUUUCCAGAGAAGAAAAAGGUACUGGAGCUAUCUGGAAGUAGCAAGAAUGAGCUUAAUCGAGCGAAAAGGAGCUGGAUGUGGAAUCAGUUCUUCCUCUUGGAGGAAUACACAGGAUCCGAUUAUCAGUAUGUUGGCAAGUUACAUUCAGACCAGGAUAGAGGAGAUGGAUCACUUAAAUAUAUCCUUUCAGGAGAUGGAGCUGGAGAUCUCUUCAUUAUUAAUGAAAACACUGGAGAUAUCCAGGCCACCAAGAGACUAGACAGGGAAGAAAAGCCUGUGUAUAUCCUUAGGGCUCAGGCUAUAAACAGAAGAACAGGAAGACCAGUAGAACCAGAGUCUGAGUUCAUCAUAAAGAUCCAUGACAUCAACGAUAAUGAGCCCAUGUUCACCAAGGAUGUUUACACCGCCACUGUUCCUGAAAUGUCUGAUGUUGGCACUUUUGUUGUUCAGGUCACUGCAACUGAUGCUGAUGAUCCCACCUAUGGGAACAGUGCUAAAGUAGUCUACAGUAUUCUACAAGGACAACCCUAUUUUUCAGUUGAAUCUGAGACAGGCAUCAUCAAAACAGCGCUGCUCAAUAUGGAUCGAGAAAACCGAGAGCAAUAUCAAGUGGUUAUUCAAGCUAAGGAUAUGGGAGGCCAGAUGGGAGGCUUAUCUGGGACCACCACAGUGAACAUCACCCUGACUGAUGUGAAUGACAAUCCUCCACGUUUUCCUCAGAGCACUUACCAGUUUAAAACUCCAGAGUCAGCCCCUCCAGGUACACCAAUUGGCAGAAUCAAAGCAAUUGAUGCUGAUGUAGGUGAAAAUGCAGAAAUUGAGUACAGCAUCAUUGAUGGAGAGGGAUUAGACAUGUUUGAUGUCAUCACUGACCAGGAAACACAGGAGGGAAUUAUCACUGUCAAAAAGGUUUUGGACUUUGAAAAGAAAAAACUGUAUACCCUCAAAGUGGAAGCUUCCAACCCACGUGUAGAGUCCCGUUUCCUCUACUUGGGCCCAUUUAAAGAUACAGCCACAGUUAGGAUCAUGGUGGAAGAUGUUGAUGAACCUCCUGUAUUUGGCAAACUAGCCUAUGUCCUGCAAAUAAGAGAAGAUGCUCAGAUAAACAGUACAAUAGGCUCAGUGUCAGCCCAGGACCCUGAUGCUGCCAAGAAUCCUGUCAAGUAUUCAGUAGAUCGACAUACUGAUAUGGACAGAAUAUUCAACAUUGAUUCUGGAAAUGGUUCCAUUUUUACUUCUAAACUUCUUGACCGAGAAACAUUGCUGUGGCACAACAUAACUGUCAUAGCAACAGAGAUCAACAAUCCGAAACAAAGUAGCCGUGUACCUUUAUUUAUCAAAGUUCUAGAUGUCAACGACAAUGCUCCAGAGUUUGCUGAAUUCUAUGAAACUUUUGUAUGUGAGAAAGCAAAGGCAGAACAGCUGAUCCAGACCCUGAGUGCUGUUGACAAGGAUGACCCUUACAGUGGGCACCAAUUUUCCUUCUCCUUGGCUCCUGAAGCUGCUGGCAGUUCCAACUUCACUAUUCAUGACAACAAAGACAACACAGCAGGAAUCUUGACUCGGAAAAAUGGCUACAAUAGACAUGAAAUGAGCACCUACCUCCUGCCUGUGGUGAUCUCGGACAAUGACUACCCAAUUCAGAGCAGCACAGGGACUGUGACUAUCCGUGUGUGUGCAUGUGAUCAUCAUGGUAACAUGCAGUCCUGUAAUGCAGAGGCCCUUAUUCAUCCAACUGGACUAAGUACUGGUGCUCUGAUUGCCAUCCUCCUGUGCAUCAUUAUACUUCUAGUGACGGUGGUACUUUUUGCAGCUCUGAGGCGGCAGAGGAAGAAGGAACCUUUGAUCAUUUCCAAAGAGGACAUCAGAGACAACAUUGUCAGUUACAAUGAUGAAGGUGGUGGAGAGGAAGACACUCAAGCCUUUGAUAUUGGCACGCUAAGAAAUCCUGAAGCCAUAGAAGACAAUAAAUUACGGAGAGAUAUCGUGCCAGAGGCACUUUUUCUCCCUCGACGGACUCCAACAGUACGAGAUAACACUGAUGUCAGAGAUUUCAUUAACCAAAGGUUAAAGGAAAAUGAUACAGAUCCUACUGCACCACCAUAUGACUCCUUAGCUACCUAUGCAUAUGAAGGCAAUGGCUCAGUGGCAGAGUCCCUGAGCUCCUUGGAGUCUGUCACUACAGAUGGAGAUCAAGACUAUGAUUACCUUAGUGACUGGGGGCCACGGUUUAAGAAGCUGGCAGACAUGUAUGGUGGCACAGACAGUGAUAAAGACUCUUAAUAUGUUGCCUUUUUUCAUUUUCCAAUACAGCAUUGAGAUAUGUGAAGUGGCUAUUUCUUCAUAUUUAUCCACAGCUCUGUGAAGGGUCCUCUAUUCUACCAGUUCCAGCUGUUAAUGACUGCAGUCUGUGUGGAUCAAAUGUUAGAGACUUUUUCUAGUAAACUUUUAUGCGUUUCCAAGAGGCAAAGUUUUAUUUUUUAGUGCAUCCAGUUUACCAACUCAGUCUUUCAGGCACAGUGGUAGUAGAGAGGACAGGGAACAAUAUUUUUACUUGUUCUCUCAGUGUAUAUUUGAGGACAUUUUUCUUUCCACUCACCUGUUAUUUUGACCAGCUUUCAUCAAUUCAACUCAGAUGACUGUUCUAACUGUACAUUACACAUACUGAUGUGAUAAGGAAUUGCAAUUUAACCUAAAUACAGUAUUAUAGUAAAAGUAAUGGAGAGGAAUAACUAUGAAACUAGUAUUGGCUGAUAAAGAGAUGAAAAAAAUCAUGUAUGCUAUUAUUUUACAGGUAAUUCAGAAGAUACCAGUUAGCCAUUGUCUCCUGUUCUUUGAAUAUUUUUUAAGUAUUAACUACUCUUCUGAAAGCAUGAAGUCAGUUAGUAAUCAAGGGUAUAAAUUCCAUAGAUCAAUCUUUCAUUGGGCACACUCUUCCUCAGAUAUAAUAUGGUGGGCCAGCCCAAUUAAUACUAUAAAAUCUCAAUUCCAGUUUAUCAUAGUUUUAUGAUAAACUUCAAGUCAACAAGCAUUUAAUAAGUGAUUACCAUGCACCAGUUCUAAGAAUUGUAAUCAGAAAGUGGUAGUUUAAAAUUUCAUUAAUUCUCUAAUUCAGAAUUUAUGAUCCUAUAUAGGCAUGCUGAAGUUUUACCCUUACAUUAUAUUAUGGUUCAAUAUUUCAAGGAUUUAGCUUUCCUCUCUAUGGAUUUUCCUUCACCAAUGCAGGUCACACAACUCCUCCAAGCCUUAGUAGACCCUGUUAUUGAGUUACUGCAGCCAAACAUUUAUCACUUGGUGGCCAACCAAGUGGUGGUGAGCAUCUAUAAACUGAGAUAGGCUAAUAAGUGAAGGACAGUCCCCUAUCCUGGAGCCUUUCCAACUUGACCUUUACUCACAUGGCAUUUGAAAACUGAGGGUUACUUCCUCUCUGAGGCUGUAACAGUAUAAGAGUGUGAGAGGGCAUCAUAGGGGAAAGGGAGAUCUGUGUGAGGGAAAUCAAAGGUUUGACAGGCAAUCAGUGGCAAUCAGUAAACAAAGGAAACAUUUAACUUUAGUAAACUGAAGACCAGCAAACUGAUUGAAAGCAUCAACUGAAAUUAUCUAAAAAGUUUAAUUAUUUAGAUUCUAAACUAUAAAUAAGUUAAUUACAAAUGAUACUAUUUGUUAAUGCCCAUAAAAAUUGUCAGAGAUAGUUCCAUUCUUUCUCUCCUGUUCUUGUCAGCAGUUUUACUGCAUGUUUGUGAAAGUUAUAGAAUACUUCCUAUAUUUUUGAAACCUGGGGUUUUAGGCAUUUCACCAAAUUGAACUAAUCUUUUCUUGAUUAGUGUGAAUUUAGUGAUAUUUUAUUGAAUAGCUCAAAUCAUGAUGUUGGUGGUGAGGUGAGAGCCAAAUUUGCAACUGAAUUUUGUUGAUUUACUGGGAUUUCUAUAUAUUUACUUAAAUAGAUUUGAUAGCUAGAUAUAGCUAUAUAAAACUGGGCUCAUAGUAUUUAAUGAUAAAAAUCGAAGUCUACCAUUAAAAUGCUUACAGAAGACAAACAAAUGAAAAUCUUUGGUAUCUUAAGUAAGCUAACCAGGGUUGUUCAAAGUAUUAAUUAAAAUAAUAGUCAACUUUUUAAAUGUAUUUCUUUAAAUUGAUUUUACCUUUGUUCCCAUGACAAUUCUGUCAUUUCUUCUUUGAAAAUUAAUACUAAAAUCAUGGUUCUACAUCAUGACAGAGGAGUAAUGUAAAAAUAGUUGAAACCAUUGUUCCUAUUAUUAUGCUUUUACUGUCAUGUAGUGGGUUAUUUGGAGGAGCUGACAUAUGAACAAGUCUUUUUAAGCAAAUUCCAUUGAUUUCAUGGUACCACCAUCAUGAUCUUGUCAUUUAAAGAACCCUAUCAUGUCAAAUGAUAAGGAAUGUCCAAGAUACUGUAACUUUAGCAAUCUUUGUUUAUAAACUUAAAUCUUUAAAAUAUAAUUUGUUUAUAUAUAAAACAGAAACUUAUAGAUAGGCUUAAUAUACUGGUUUGUCUUAGGGAUUUAUUUUCUGGUAUUAUUGAUUUACUAUAGAUAUUCUGAUUGUUAUUUGAGUAUUAGGAUUUAUUGCCAUUUUUUAUUCUCUCACAAAAAUAAAAAUAUUUAAGUUAAUAAAAAGGUAUACCAUUUAGUAGAUGCAGGAGUAAAAACUAAUAAUGACUCCAAAAAAAUUAGGGAAAUGUAUUUUUAUCACAUAAUCAAAUACAGCAAAACUUUUUUAAAGGACCUCAAAGUCAUAGAAUCAUAGAUCUAGAUCCAGAAGAGACCUUAGAGGUCAUCUGAUCCAAUACCCUCAUUUUACAGGUGAGAAAUCUGAGACCCAGAGAAGUUAAAUGACUUACCAGAAGUCAUACAGACAGUAAGCAGCAGAGUUGGGAUUUAACCUUCAUAUAACUAGAUUCAUGGAGCUGGAAGGAACCUUAGAGAUAAUUUCAUCCAAUGGAGAAUUUUUUAAAUUUAGAAACUGCUCAAGAGGGCAAGUGAUUUGCCCGAGGUCGGUUAAUAAGUGACACAGCUGGGUUCCUUAACCCAGGUUAGCCUCCUGAUCCUUCCCUAUGCACUGCACCAUCUUCUUAUGAGUUCUUGAAUGAUACUCAUUGUACAAACACUCUACACCCAGCAAGUGGCAUUUCACAAGUGGAUACUUCCCAUUUACUUGGUUUUGUUUUCUAAACUCUUCAUAAAAAAGCUAGAUUUCACUAUAAUUAACCUAUGUACAUCGUAGCCACAGGAUAUUACUGAAAAAGAUAACAGCAAAGUUAAUUUAAAAGAAUUAGGCAUUUAUAGAAAUAUAACAGCACCUUAAUUACAAUAUUCAGUAUAAAAUGAAAAGGGCCAUCGUUCCUUCUGCUUCAGGUCAUAGAACAAUUUGAAUCUGGGAAGAAAGACAUUUAGCCAUAUGGAAGACUGCCACACAGAGGGGGACUUCCUCUUGAUCACUUGACAAUAAUUGGCUCUUUUCCAAAUAGAAGACUUGUUGUUUAGAUAUGGGCACAACUUGCAGUGAUCUUGUGUUCUCCUAAGAAGAGGGAGUUGUUCAUUAGAAUUAAAUUCAAGGUUUGAUUAACAUGUUUUUAUUGCAGCCCCUGAAAUGCCACAUUUUAUCUAGAAUAGACUAAUCAUGAUUUUUUUUGUUUAAAUAUCUAAAUGAAUAUUUGGCUUAUUACUACAAAACCUAAUCAAGUGAAUCCCCAAGGAAUUAGAUCAUGUAAGAAAGAAACUGUAUGAUUUACUUUGAGGUACUAUUAGCUCAUCCGUCAUAUUUAAAUGCUAUUUUUCUAGUAAUUGACAUAACUUGAAAAAUUAGCAUGAGGCAAAUUUUUAUUCCUCUAUUCCACUAUCCCUACUUCUCUCCCACCAUGCUCUCAAUUAAAGCACCAUUCAGUGUGUAAUUAAAAAAGAAAGUGCUAGAAACCUAGUUGAAAGUGCCAGCUAGCUAUUAAAAAAUAGGAUUUCAGCUGAGUUUUUCAUUGCACCUCAUCUGGUAUCGGAUGGUGGUGUGGAGGAAGAGGAAAGAGCAGGAAAAAGGAGAAGAAAAGUUUUAACAGUGUUACACCCUUUUUGUUUUUCACCGAGAUACUAAAAAUUGUCAAGUGUGAACAUUAUAUAUUAUCCUUAUUUUUUAAAUGGGUUUAGGAGUCAUUUCAAGGACAUUAAUGGUGUUUACCCACAUUUAUAUUCAAGAAGAAGUCAUUCACCACCACUAAAAUAAACUGAAGAUUGAGGGAGAGAAAGAGUAAAGAAUUUGACUAUAACUUUAGACCCAGUUGUGGAAACUGCUUGCUGAAACAACAAAAAAAAAUCACAAAAUACAAAAUUAAUAAAUAAAACCUAAGAGAUGGGAAAUACAGCAGCAAGCAGUGGGAAAGGAAGCUGCGUUGAUGAGAACCAUAGAGAAAGAAUGCCUGAAUCAAUAUGUUAACAUCAGAAUAUUUGUCAUCUUUCUCCAGGUGGAUGUAGAAGGGGAAAUCUCAGGGAGGUUCCCAGAUCCAAACUGACUUCAUUUUUCAGGUGCUGGGCAAAAAUCCAAUCAGCUGCUUCCUUUAAGUACUUGUCUCUCAAAAAAGUUUGCAGAGAAUUUCAAACACACACACUCACACACACACACAGACUUUGUUUCUCCUAAAUAUUCUGGUUUUGUUAAACCAAAACAACUUUUAGAAAAUGUUCCUUUUGUGAUUAUUGUCAAAUGUUAUAAGAUGCAAAACCACAGGAAGUCUCAAAUGUACUAAUUUGCUCAGUGGUAAGCCACAUCUUGAUACUCCCCUUGGCGUGUGUGUGUGUGUGUGUGUGUGUGUGUGUGUGUGUGUGUGAAUGGGAAAAAAUAAUGACAAUUUAAGUCAAGCAAUACGGGCUUCUGUAUAUUUGAGGCUCACAAACAACAUGAGUGAGAAGAACUAAAAGAGCACAGUUAUGGGGUAGCUCUGUGGUUGUUGCUGAAGGCAAUUUGCAAUUUUCAAUGGACGUGUUUCUCUCAGCUUUUUCUAUUUCUUCCAGGGACAGAAACUGGAAGGCAGUGCUGCAUUGCUGCCCUGGGCCCUUAUUUUAUGAGAAGUAGGGGGUCCUAAGUUAUGUAUAAAGUCCCAAUGAACUGAGGCUGUCCCUUUCCCCAAGCUGGGAAACGGUUCCCUGGGAAAGUUGUCAGUUUCACGUAAUUUCAUUUUAUGUAGCUCUGUCUAAAUGAAAUCUUAUCUAAAAUUGUGACCUAGUGGCAGGUGGUCCAAGAAUCUCAGCAACGCAUUGUGUUUAAAUUAACACUCCAAUCUGGGCUUCUUUAUCAAAUAAUGAAGCCAAGAAGAUUAACAGAUGUUAUUUGGAUCUCGACUGGUAUAUGAACUAUUUCUUAGCAUAUAAGAAGGAACUGUCCUUUCAGAGGCAUGGAGUGAUGGGCCUACAAGUACUCAGGAGUUCAGUGAGUGUUAAAGCUGCAACAUCUUUAAUCUCCCUUUGGCUUAUUUAUAGGAUAAUUUUCUAAAGGGAUGAUUCUCUCCUAAAAACAUGGGAACAAGAUUGUAUUUAACGCGGGAGGGAACACUCUUAGAAAGGCAAUACAUGGACUCACACACUUCUUAAAAGUUAAUAAAGAAAUAUCUCAUUUUUAAAGCUACUAGUUUAUAGUCUCUGCACCGUCGAUUUAAUUUAAGCAUUGCUGAGACAAUCUUUAAUCUGCUCACCAUUUUGUAAUACCUUAUUUACGAUGCAUUUUCAUGUUUUAAUUUGGGGAAAACGCUAGCCUGACAGUGCCAGGAGAUGAAAGCACCAAAAGGAGGUCAAAUGGAAACAAAUGCUAUUACCAGCUGUAUUUCAGGCAGGACUGUGGCACUUAGCAGAAGAGCCAUUGGGUUAUUAGAUUAAUUUCAAAAGAGCUUUUACAAGUUGCUUAACUACAGGUUUUUUUUUUUUUAACUCAUGGGCUACAAGCUCAGAUUUCCCCUCAAAUGGGGUUAAUUUGACAAAUGAGGCAUGGGUCCAGCAGCAUUGUGGAGAGAGCAUUCCACGCUAAUGGGAUCUUAGUCUUUCCUCCGAGACUGCACUAUUUAUGUAAAUAUGUCUGGAGACACUUUCUAUAGCUUUUAGUUUUCUAUGAUCUAUUAGUUUAGUGUUGAUUAAAGAGACAAAUGUAUAGACUUACUAGGCAUUCAGGUGAAUAGAGCAAGAUGGUCUAUAUAGAAGUGUUUUGCUCUGAAAGGGAAAAAAAGAGGAACUCUUCAAAAGCAUGGGUUUUCUUGUGAUUAUUUUCAAUGUUUUGGAAGUUAAACUGCAAAAGAAAAGGCCUUAUAAUAAAUGCUCCGUUCAAUUUAACUGGUACCAAGAGAAGUCAAUCUGGCUGCAGAGUCCUACUGUGAUUUGUGAUUUUAAAACCUUAAAAUAAAUGUUUGGGGGUAUUGAUCUUUUUUAAUUAAAAAAUACUCCCAAGUAUAAAUUGAAAUUGAUGUCACCCUUGAAGAUUUACUAGCUGGAGUGCUCUGAUCAUGCAGUUACUCUCAAUGUCUUUCUCCUGUUUAACAGAGAAAGAGUCUGAUGGUACAAUCACUGCUCAGCACUGAGAAUCAUUUACAGUUAAGACUUUCAUAUUUUAAUAGCAUACAUUUGGAAGGUUUUCUGUAUGAAAAUAGUGCUGGAAUGAUUACUUUUCAUCUCGGUGUGGUUGACCCUUUCAUUAUGGUCAGAUGGGCAAUAUGUACUCCCUCUUGCCCCUAUGUCUUGUUCACUGAAAUGGCUUUUUUGUUUUGUUAGACUUAUGGAUUUCAAAAGAAUGCAAUUUAAAAAGUGAUUUCUCACAAAGUGUGAAUUUGCCUUUUUGCAAAUCAAUUUUUGUA